GCCCAUUUUCUCCUAUUCUGUUGCUCAAUCAAUGUGGUCACUGGAGGAAAUCACCAAGAUUUUAGAGGUAUUUCCCGAAGCGUUGAACUCGGACAUUCUCAUCCCUCGUCCAUCAGAUACAGUGCACACGACACAUGUGAAUAAACCUGUAAAUAAGAUAUAUGCAAAACCGGAUUUGGCAAAUAAAAAAUCUGCGAAUCUCACCAUGUCCUUGGUAGAUCCAGCGUGGGAGUUGAUUGAUCCGUCACCUGAUAUUCGGGCCCUUUUUUCCAACUUCAAUGCAGAAUAUUUCGAUGGUUCUCUUGGAGCCGUUGAAGUUCGAUGGAGUCCCCGUAUGACACUCUGUGCUGGUUUGUGUUGUUACGAAGGUCGUGGCGGGCUCUGUUCCAUUCGUUUGAGUGAACCUCUACUUAAGCUUCGCCCCAGAAGUGACCUAAUUGAAACCUUGCUGCACGAAAUGAUUCACGCCUACUUAUUCGUAACGCAGAAGGAUCGUGACCGCGACGGGCAUGGGCCUUCGUUUCAAUUCCACAUGAACAGGAUAAACGCAGCAACAGGGGCAAAGAUAACGGUUUAUCACACCUUUCACGAUGAGGUUGCUAAUUACCAAACUCAUUGGUGGCGUUGCACCGGCCCAUGCCGCGAAAGAAGUCCUUUUUACGGCUUUGUGAAAAGAGCUAUGAAUCGCGCUCCCGGACCCAGCGACAGCUGGUGGGGUCGGCAUCAGGCCACGUGCUCUGGCCACUUUUUAAAAAUCAAAGAACCGGAGAAAACGCUGAAAACGUCACGUCAAGUGCGUGGGCGCGAGAAAGAAAGGCACACUGAUGCACCACCCAGAACUACAUCUUCCAGUAUCACCAAAUUUUUUCUGCCCAAUGAGGUGGUGCCAUCGACAUCCACGUUGCCAGCUGACUUCUCUCAUCCUUCUUUGGGGAACCAAUCAACCUUUGGAACCGAUGUUUUUAAUCCCCCUAAUUCCCACAUCCUCGGCGGUUCUCUGCCACGCCACCAGAGCCGACUUCUGUCCUUGUGUUCCACCUCAUCCUCACAAAAGCCCAAUGAGCCGAUAGGGCUUGGGACGAAGAUUGCUGCAACAUCUCACUGUUCGGAUGCACUUAAUAUGCCCAUUCAAACCGUCACCUGUCCUGUGUGUGCCGUAGAUGUUCCCUCGUCAACCGUUAACGAGCAUCUGGAUAGUUGUCUCUUAUCGUCUGUAUAGGAUUAAUUUUAUUAAUUUAUGGACCAUCCUAGAUUAUGAUUCAUUGAGCAAAUCGCUUCUCUUAUUUUUUUAUAUUUUUGCCACUUCGUAGCCGCUAUAACUCAGGGUCACCCGAUGGCUAUGUGGUUUGCUCCCUUCUUGUCAGCGGUAUUUUCUGAUUCUCCGUUCUUCACUACGAUAAGUUGAAGCUCUUCCUCGAGUCCUUCCACAUAGUGGGGACUUGCGCUGAUACACCUUGUGUGUCUGUUCCUUAUCCUAAUAUUACUCCAAUGGUUACACACGACCAAUGUAUUUGUCCAUUUUUUAACUCCACUAGCUCAUAAUCUUGGUACGCAAAAACGUCGAAAAUCCACAAUCAUUGCACACACAUAUAUUCGAUUACUUCUGUACAUUACUCACUCAGACGGUGCAUUUU